AUGUUAAGACAUGGGUCACCGGUUGAACAGGGGCUACAAAUAUUUCUGUUCAUUGUAGACGGUCUCCUGAGGUCCUUGAACAGUUCUCUCGCCUGCUGCUGUGGCGAGCAAUGUGACGUUCCUAUCGCUGGACGAGAAGAAAGAAACGACGGAAGCUAUACUGAAGAUCGAAGCAAAACCGACGACGAAACGGGCAACGAAGCUGGUGUUUCGAGGGACGAACAAAUCGACGAGGAAAGGAGCAACGAAGCGAACAAAGGAAUUCGCAAAGAAACUGAUGAUGAUGGGUUCUGCCGAUACGAGAAGGAAAGUAAGAUAGAAUCGGUCGGUGAUUUUGACAGAGGAACGGAAGCGGUAAAGGGCGUGGGGUCUGAAAGCAGUGACAAGGAUUCUGAAACUGCAAGAGACGAGGAAUCCGAUUCUGAAAGUGACGGAGAAACCGAUACUGAAAGUGAUGAAGAAACCGAUUUCGAAAGUGACGAGGAAUCCGAUUCUGAAAGUGAUGAAGAAACCGAUACUGAAAGUGAUGAAGAAACCGAUUUCGAAAGUGACGAGGAAUCCGAUUCUGAAAGUGAUGAAGAAACCGAUUUCGAAAGUGACGGGGAAUCCGAUUCUGAAAGUGAUGAAGAAACCGAUUUCGAAAGUGACGAGGAAUCCGAUUCUGAAAGUGACGAAGAAACCGAUACUGAAAGUGACGAGGAAUCCGAUUCCGAAAGUGACGAUGAAACCGUUUUCGAAAAUGACGAAGAAACCGUUUCCGAAAAGGACGAAGAAACCGAUUCCGAAAGGGACGAAGAUUCUGCUCUUGUAAUUUACGAAGAAACAAUCAACUUUAUUAAUGAUGACGACACCAUAUUUUACAACGAUGAGGAAGAGAUAUUUGACAGCGAUGAAAGCCUGAUCAGUAUUUGA